GCGAAGGUCACAAACUUAACAUUUUCUGUUGUACCAAAGUCCUCACUAAUUUUGUGCAUCAACAUUUGGCGCCGUCUGUGGGACACGAAAAGCUAUGUCGGUUCUCUUACAUUUUUUUACCUCCGCCAUGAAUCUGUAGAAACCCAAAACCUCCCUGGGCUGUUCAAAAAAAAAAAACCUUCGCAUAUCUCUCUCUCUCUGUUUUGCUUGUUUAAUCUUCUCACUCUAACAUUACAGUAGUCUGGAUCUUUUGAUUUUCAUAAUCUAUGGAAACAAGUCCCUUCAUCUUCAUCUUCAUCUGAAAACUUAUCAUGCCCAAUAUUUAUGCUCUGGGAAUCGAACUUGUCAGACUUGAAGACAUUUAGGCCUUCCUUGAGCUUGACGCCAUUCUCUUUAACCAGCGCGCCUCACGACCGAGCCGUCUUCACCGAAGCCAUGAAUCGCUGGACAGAUCAGAUCAAUCAGCUAAACCAGAAGCUCUGAAACUCGAAAGAAUCUAAGCCUCCACAGACUAAGAUCCCCACCGUCACUCUCGAUGUCGUCUCCGCCUCCUUGGCUGAGCUGCAAAUUUUGGACGGAGGCGCGCUCGGAAAAUGUUUUGAACUUCGCGAAUCUACCAGAGAACAUGAAGUGGCUGAAGACGGCGAGGUGGAGGAUGCACGAGCAUCGAAGCUUGCUGUCAAAGAGUUUGUGACGAGCCGUUUGGUUCGAGAUGAGCCAGACUUGGACGUCAAGGUUGCUUCUAAUCAACCAGAUUUGGUUCUCUCGCUGUCAGUCUCUCUCCCAGUUUCCCAUGCACAAAAAUCGGAGCUUGCUGUCAAAGAGUUCGUGACGAGCCAUUUAGUUCAAGAUGAGCCAGACUUGGAUGUUAAGGUUGCUUCUAAUCAACCAGAUUUGGUUCUCUCGCCGCCAGUCUCUCUCCCAAUUUCCCAUGCAGAGCAUCGGAGCUUGCUGUCAAAGAGUUCGUGACGAGCCGUUUGGUUUGAGAUGAGCCAGACUUGGACGUCAAGGUUGCUUCUAAUCAACCAAAUUUGGUUCUCUCGCCGCCAGUCUCUCUCCCAGUUUCCCAUGCAGUUUCUGUCACUUCGUCUCUACCUGUAAACGCCAGCGCAUCGUCUUCCUCAUCGCAUCCCGUUUCCUCCAAGUAACAUCAAGAACCUCCUGACCUGCAAACGGAUCGAAGGGUCGAGAGUACAUGACCCAUGAAAGAAUAAUAUAGUCGGUGGCGCUGCAGCCGGCCAAAGUGGAGGUUACUCGAAGCUGGGGUUGUCCUACAGCUCCAUGUGCAGCUUCAGAGAUGUCAUUCAUGGCAACACUAAGGUCGUUCACAAAGCUAACCACUCGUCGCCAUCCCUGGCCCAUGCCAUCAUCCACUACACGACCAUAAACGUCACCCCACAACGAACCAUGAAAGAAGUCUCCGUCUCCGCUGCAGUCCUUUCCCAAAAAUCACCCUGCAACUUUCUAGUUUUUGGCCUCGGCUUUGACAACCUCAUAUGGACGGCUCUCAACCACGGCGGAAGAACCAUCUUCCUCGAAGAAGACAAUUCAUGGAUUGACCAGAUCAAACAGAAGCUACCGGGUUUGGAGGCUUACCACGUGGAGUACGACACCAAGGUUCACCAAGCGGAUAAGCUCAUGGAGAUGGGAAGGAAGGAAGAGUGCAGGGCUGUCGAGGAUCCAAGGUUUACAUUCUUUACAGCUGGAGUACACCAGCUUGUGUUCAAACAGCAGAAAAGAGAAAAGUGAAAAACAGAAACAAAAGCAAAAGGAAAAGAAAAAAAGAAAAAGAAAAAUGAGGAGUGAUAGGCACGACCAGGCUGUCCAAGAAAAGCAAGUGGAGUUAGCCUUCCAGUUUCGCCAAGAGACAGAGACAGAGACGCAGUGGAAAGCAAAAGGAAAACAGAAAGAAAUGGAGUGGGAAAAGCAAAAGCAAACCAAAAAAAAAAGAAGCAAGGAAUAAACAU